AGCAGUGCAUUUCUGGAACCCAUUUCCGGUAUCGCCAUGGUUACGGAUGUACACAAAUCUAUCUCAAAGAAGCGAAAUGAAGUUGAGUGUGCAUAGAUAAGAGAAAAAAUGGAACCAACAGAGCCUACAGAAGUCUCAGAAUCAAAUCCCUUUGUUGACUGUCUUAAUGAAGAUGAGUCUGAGAGAGAGUUUCUGCAAGCAAAACCCACUUGUUUUAUAAUUAUUGGAAAACCAGGUGUAGGAAAAUCGACACUUGCUAAAAGGUUAUCGCAGACCUGGAAGUCCAUUCUCAUUGAUGACACAGAACUGAUCAAUCAUCACAUUACAACACAGACAGACCAUGGCCUCAAGUUUCUAGAGAUUCUUCAUGGAGGGAAAAGCAUUCCUGAAGAAAUGGUGACCGAGAUCAUUUUAGAAAAGCUCAAAUCACCAGAGGUGGAACAUUAUGGUUACGUUCUAAGUAGCCUCCCCUCUACGUCAGAGGAGUAUCUGAAGAUUCCAGAGCAAAUAGAGAUGAUAAAGAACCUGAAUCUGGUACCGGAUUUCAUCAUAAACAUCAAGUGUCCAGAUUACGACCUAAGCCGCCGGCUCUCUGGACAGCGGCAACAUCCUGAAACGGGAAAGGUGUACCAGAAGGAACAGUGGGACCCUGUGAAAAAAGACAGAAAGAGAAGAAAAAGAGUUGGGGAGGAAGAAGGAGAGGAGGAGGAGGAAGAAGAGGAAGAGGAAAACGUGCAGGCAGCAGAAGAGGGAGAGGAAGGACAGUUCCAGAAAGACAUGCAUUCUCAGCUUGUGACACGGCCUGAAGAUUUCCCAGACAACACCCUGAAAAGAAUAGCACUCUACAAAGACACCAUGCUUAGACCUUUAGAGGAUUAUAUGGCCGAUCAUGAUCUUCAGUACCUGUUUGAGCUUGAUGGAAACAAGAGCCCAACUGAGCUGUAUGUGUCGGUGAUGUCUCGCCUGGAGACAAUGGCGGUCAGGAGUGCCGCCGUACCCAUCAGGCUGCUGCAGCUGGAGGAAGAGGAGCUGCCAGAGGAGAUCGACAAUGAGGAGUUGCUGCGCACCUUGUCAUCCAGUAAAAUGGUGGCUCCGGGGUACAGGUGGAGAAGGAGCCGCUGGGGUCGUGCCUGCCCCGUGGCUCUGAAACAAGGCAACGUGAUCAUGGGAAAGCCCGAGUUCUCCGUUGGAUUCCUGGAUAAGAUCUAUGUUCUUUCAUCACAAGAAGCUCUACAGAGCUUCAUGGUAAACCCACGUCCAUACCUGCUUCCACCUAUGCCCAGAGCUCCAUGCAAAGUAGCAGUGAUUGGACCCCCGUCUUCAGGGAAAACCACACUUUGCAGGUUGCUUGCAGGAAAAUACAGUGCUAAGGUGAUAGACAUGGAGACACUUGUCCAACCUGUGGUUGCUGAGGAGCGAAAGUUAAUCCUGGCGAAAGUCCGGGAAGAAGCAGUGGCUUCUGCAAUAGAAUAUGUGAAAAUAAGGGUCCAGCAAGAAGUCCUUAACAGAGAUGGGGAAGAUACUACUAAGGCAGCCCCAGAUGAGGAGCGUGAGUUUAAUGGCAAUGGGUUUGAACCCGGCCUCCCAGCCUCACCUACUGAAAAGAAUAUGGAAGUAGACAGUGCAUCACUUCCAGUGGAGGUGGAAGAGGCAGCUCCUGUCAUGUCUGAGGGGCAACCAGAAACAAAUACAGCUUCCUCAAGUGAAAAGGGUGCAAAUGAAGUGCUAGAGGUGACAGCUGAACACCCUGAAGUCCAGGCUCUUGUAAGUGAAGCUGUUAAGAAAUCAGAGCAGAACCCUAUCACACUCUCUCCAGAAGUGUAUGUGGACAUACUGGAGAAACACAUCAAGCAGAGACAACUGGAUACUGAAAAUCAGACUGCAAGAGGAUGGGUGUUGGAUAACUUCCCAAGAAACAGAGAUCAAUUGAUAUUCAUGCAAGAAAGGGAAAUAAUUCCAGAUAUGUUUAUCUGCAUAAGAGACAGUGAAGAAGAUGGUAAACAUCUACUUACUAGAAUCUAUGAGAGUCACAAAGAAGAAAUAAACUCUGCUGUACUAGAAAGAUUUCAGAAAGAGCAACGAUUGAAAGAACGUAAAGCACUACAGGAGCUGCAGGAGUCAGGAGUGGAGCUUGAGCAGCCCAGACUGGAGGCUGUACUGGAGGAGCCUGAAGCAGCUGAAACACCAGACAAUUCCCAGCUUAAUACUUUUCAAAACACACAAGACACACAGUCACAGAUGGAAGAAGACACCCUUCACACAAGCUCCAAGCAAACUCCUAAGGUUAUCCAGGAAAUGAAAGGUAUAACAUUGCCUUCGGUUUGGGAGAAAGGAUUUCCAGAAGGCCCAGAGAUGGAGCUUUUCAGAGAGCAGAUGAAACUCUUUGUGCAGGACUGGGAAGCUAUGGAAACAUCCAUCACCCCAUCUUCUAUCUGUCUCCUGGAGAUUGCUGGGAAAACCCCAGAGAGUCUGCUGAGUGAAGCAGUCUAUGACAUGGAGAAGCCUUUCAAGUACAUUGCCUGGGAGCUGUCUGGGGUGGACCUGGAUGAGGAGGAGGAGGACGCUCAGGCAGUUGCUGAAACAGAAGAGGCAGAGGAGUUAGGAGAGGAAGAGGAGGGAGAGGAAGAAACUCGCUUGCCUAAGAGGCAGCUAGGAGACACUAAACACUUCUGCGCAGUGUCUCUAAAGGAGAAAAAUGUACUGAUUCCGUGCACUGAUGAAUGUGCUGCCAAGUAUCGGGAAAAAGCAUACUACUUCUCCAGCCCAGAGGCCCGGGAAAAAUUCCUGCUAAGACCAGAGAUGUACGUUUCCCACACCAAGUUAUUGCAAGCUCCUCCUCUGAGGGUAUUUCUGCUGGGAGCCCGUGGCUCUGGCAAGACAACACAAGGAAGAUGGUUGGCCAGUAAACUGGGCAUCUUUCACAUCCAGUUCAGAGAGCAGCUGCAAGAGAUGAUCAUUAAAAAAACCCGGAAAAGAAUUCUUUUAGCCGACGAGGUGGAGCCGGAGGAGGAAACUCCUGAAGAUGUGGAGGCCCUGCUGGCUGCGGAGGGCCAGAAUGAGCUUCCCGAGACUCAGACUGCGGGCAGUGGAAAGGAGAGCCCUGUGGGCAUGCCUGUAGAGGUCACACUCACUGAUGAAGAAGAAGCAAUCAAAUCCUACCUCUCUGAUGGCAACCCCUUACCACAAGAGAUACUGGACAUGAUACUUCCACAGUGGUGGGAGGAGGAACCUUUCAGAUCCACAGGGUUUAUAUUAGAAGGAUUUCCACAGAACCCGGAGGAGGUCCAGUACCUGGCCGAGCAGAGCUUCUUCUCCGAUGCCGCAGUGAUCAUGACUCUGGAGGUCACUGAUAUAGUGCAACGUCUGCUGCCCCCUCGCUUGGCCAGGUGGAGAGAGAAGCGAGACAGGAAGAUGGAGCUACAAAGAAGAGUCAGAGAAAUAAAGAACAAAAUGAGGGAAGAAGGGAUUGCUAAAAGAAGAGGUGAACUUUUAGCUGAACAAGCAGAAAAACAGGCUGCAAAAAGAGCUAAACAGGAUGAAGAGGGGGGCAGUGAAGGUGAGAUGGAGGAGGAGGAAGAAGAGGAGGAUGAAAUUGAGGCCUUGCUUCUGGAGGAGUUCCCUCAGGAAGAUGAGGAAGAUGCAGAGGAAGAGCAGGAGUUCAAUGCUGUAGAGAGACUGGAAGUGGAAAUAGGAGAACGAUUUGAAACAGACACCACCAACCUCCAAAAAUUGCAGGAUCUGUUAAGUGAUCUUCAUAUACCACAGAUCUCCAUCAAUGCUGGGCGGAAAUCUCGUAUUGUCCAUUUCCAGCUGUAUGAAAGACUGAAAUCACUGGUGGAGAACAGGGAAGGACUGUUUGAGAAAUGUUAUCCUCUGAGUUUUACCCAAGCUCGCAAACUGCUGCGUCUGUCAUAUAAAUUCAGCAGUGCUUUUGGGUGCUGGGACCCUGUCAGGCUUGGUGAAGGAGAUGUGAUUCAGCCAAUUCAAGGCCCCAAUAACCCAACUUAUCCUGUGCUCUACCAUCAGUUCAUUUAUUUUUUUGCAUCCAAAGACAGCCGCAACAAAUUCAUGCUGAAUCCUAUUAAAUAUCUUCGGCAACCGAAGCCUAAGCCUUCUUUGCCAAUCAAAAUUGCAGUGGUUGGUCCACCUAAAUCUGGAAAAAGUACUGUGGCGAAGAUGUUUGCGAACGAAUAUGGCCUACAGCAGCUGUCAGUAGGAGAAGCCAUGCGUUUGGUGUUGUCCAGCCAGAAGCAAACAGAACUGGCAUUUCAGAUGAAUAAAUAUCUAACCAAAGGCCAGACUGUUCCUGAUGAACUUGCAAUUCAAUGUGUGGAAGUAGCUCUAAUGGACCUUGUGUGCAGUACCAGAGGAUUUGUUCUUGAUGGGUACCCUAUGACAAAGAAGCAGGCAGAUCUUAUGGAAGCCCGGAGUAUAAUCCCUGUCAGAGUGCUGGAGCUGCAGGUGGACACAAAGGAGGUUUUAAGGAGAGGAUUAAUGGAUAAAAUAAACACUGUAAGAUCCUACCCACUUCAUGACAGUCCACAGAUUUUCACCAUCCGCAACUCCAUCUACAAACGCGAAGUGGAAGCUGUGAGACAGUACUAUCGGCAGCACUACCAGAACUGGGUGGUAAUCGAUGGUCACCGCAGCAAGUGGUGGGUGUGGAAUAAAAUGCUUGAAGAGUCCAGAAUGAGUGUGAAGCAUAUUCAGAACUAUCUGGAGAGGAUCCGACAAGGAAAGGCAGCCAGAAUCGACCGGCUGUGCAUCACGCCCCAGGAACUCCAAUCCCGUCUGGGAGAGUUCGGACACUACUGUCCUGUGAGCCUGGCAAAGCACAGGGAGCUUGUUGACUGCGCUGUCUCAGCUUCACUGGAAUUUGCAGCAGAGUUCCGUGGCCACUAUUACAAGAUGGCUUCCAAGGAGUGUUUGGAGAUAUUCCUUGAAACACCGGAGCAGUUUGUCAUCCCGUUAGCUCCACAUCCUCUUCCUCCUCCCCACAUGUUGCCCAAGAAGCUCACAGCAGCAGAGGUUAAGGCCAAGUUUCCCAGACAAGCUGAAAUGAAGGGAUAUUGCCCUGUAUCCUAUCUUGAUGGGAAACAAAGGUACGAAGCUCUUGUACCUGGAAACAUUGAGCAUUCUGUUGAGUACAGGGGAAAGAUUUUUAUUUUUGAAGAUGAGGAAAAGUUACAGAAGUUCAUGAGGUUGCCUGAAACAUACUGGAAUCAAACACUCCCUAAUAAACUUCCUCCAAAAAAAGAGCCAGUGCUGUUGACCUCUCUGCCCUUGCUUGGUUACCUUGAACAAGGAACUGCAACUACAGUAAUAAAAGCUCUGACAGCUGUUGGUUGUCUGAAGCCGAAAUAUCCAUUUCUUAGCGUGAGGAAAUCAGCUCUUCUUUAUGUUGCAUGUCAUUUAAAAGCAUACAAUCCCAGAAAUUCAGACUACAUUCGCAAGAAAUAUAAAAAGAAGCUGGAGAAAUUUGAGGAGAGCUGUGAACUGAUACCAUACCUGGGAUCACAAAUGACUCAGAGAUACAAAGAACCUCAGGAGCGUCCCAUUGACUUUGAUCACAAACUUCACACAUUCCUGGCUCUUAAAGGCACUGAGCCUACUUCCACCUGGAUUUUGUAACUUAAUUCCCAUCCAAUUUAAAAUUGGAUGCCCUGUUGCUUUUACACAAAGGAAAAUCUAAAUAUUUGUCUGUAUAAGACUGUAAUUCAUAUUUCUUAUUUUCAAAGCCUAAAUAAAACUUUUCCUGCAUCGUAUUCUUUUGAAA